AUGCAAUUUGACUGCGGCGGUGGCAGUUUUUGUGAAGAAUGCCCUGACAGAAAUGGGCAUGAUGUGCUAGCGUGUCAGGACCUGGAAGACAAUCUCGGAGGCCCGCAACCAGCAGACUGCUUGCAUCCCGUCAACGAGAUUGUACGUGAGAACUGCAAGCAUGGUAACCCAUCCUCAGAGUGGGACAUCAAUGCUGCAGGUUCAAGCUUGAUCCAGGGCUUUGCCACCCAGAGCAGCUACGCUAUUGGUGAUGAGGUGUUGUUCAAGGUCAAGACAGCUUCCAGACGGUACCGUUUGGACAUCUAUCGCCUGGGAUGGUACAACGGCCUGGGUGCACGGCGGAUCACUACUGUGCACCCGUCUGCGACAUUACCACAGCAGCAGCCGGAAUGCUACAAGGAUGAUGACACAUUGCUGGUAGAUUGUGGCAAUUGGGCGGUGAGCGCCGUCUGGCCUAUCUCACACGAUGUCGUGCCGGGCGUGUAUUUUGCUAGGCUGGUGAUGGAGGACCCGCCAGCACAUUGGCGUACAGAUGCCAGUGAGAUUAUGCCGAGCAGCAAGUUCGCCAACAGCAAUUGGAAUUACAGUCGUAUGCCUCCUUGUGGGUCUGAACAUUGCCCGGCUUUGGCGCAUGCUUACGGUGCCCAGCGGCACCUCUCUGGACAAAUGAUGAGCAAUUCGCUGAAGGAGCCACAUGCCUCGCACGUCUACUUCGUAGUUCGCCAAGAUGUACGCAAGACGGACAUCCUGCUGCAGACCAUUGACACGACAUGGCGAGCGUACAACAACUAUGGCGCCCCCUCCACGUAUGGAGUUCUACCACUGUCCAGGCAUAAGUUUAGCAUGCCUGAGUCAUGGCAACAUCGACGGGCCCACAAAGUCUCCUACAAUGCACCUCUGGUGACUCGGGAUACUCGGGCAGUUAACACUCUUUUCAAUGCAGAGAUGCCUGCGAUCCGGUGGCUUGAACGUCAUGGGUAUGAUGUUCAGUAUUGGACCGGGGUUGAUGCUCAUGCACGUGGAGAAGAGAUACAUCGCCGGGCACGUGUUUAUGUGUCUGUGGGUCAUGACGAGUAUUGGUCUGGAGAGCAAAGGCGGCACGUGGAGACUGCGCGUGAUGCAGGUGUUCACCUUCAUUUUUGGAGUGGCAACGAAGUGUAUUGGAAGGUGCGCUGGGAGGCAUCACCUGUAAAUGGCGAGCCCAUGAGAACGAUGGUGGUGUACAAGGAGUCUCAGGAAUCUUUCAAGAUCGACCCGGAAGAGAGGCUGUGGACCGGAACGUUCCGGGACAGCAAAGACUUCAACCCGGAGGGCGCCAAUCCGGAGAACUCCCUGACAGGAACGAUUUUUACAGUGAAUGCUUGGAGACAUGAUGCGCUCGAAAUCCCCGGCGCUUACGCUAAGCUUCGGGUUUGGCGUCACACUGAAGUGGCUUCACUGAACUUGAACCAGAAGGCUGUGUUGUUGAAAGGGCUGUUAGGCCACGAGUGGGAUGAAGAUUUGGAUAAUGGCUUCCGGCCGGAAGGGCUCAUCCGUCUCAGCGAGACACACGUGGACAACGUGCAGGCCAUCGUGGACCAUGGUGCGUGCUUUGACUCGGGCAGCGCUACCCACCAUUUGACGCUGUACAAAGCCAAAAGUGGUGCUUUAGUCUUCGGUGCGGGCACAGUGCAAUGGGCAUGGGGCUUGGACAACUUCCAUGACUCUGUUACGGGCAUGAACAACAUGUGGGAGAGCGAGUACAACACCCGUAUAGGGGUGGACCCUUCUGGACCUGACCCAGUGGUGCAACAAGCCACUUUGAACUUGUUUGCGGACAUGGGCAUUCAAGCUCCAAUUUUGGGAAAAGGUAUGGUGCGUCCAUCAGCGUCUACAGACAAUGACCUGCCGAUCAUUUCAUCUGUUUCACUGGCAAGGGACGGACAGCCUCGCACCUUUGUUGUCAAGGCUGCGGACGGUACCGGAGAAAUCGCAGCAGUGGAGUGGUCGUCUGAUGAAGGACACUGGCACCCGAUGAAACGACAUCUUUUGGCUCCAGAUCAAUGGAUUCUGGAGGUUCCCCCAGCCGGAAGAGGAGACCUGCGCUUCCGUGCUGUCGACGACUCACUAAACAUCGGCAAGGAGUACAGGUGGAGGGAGACAUCAGAACUGUGA